AUGAAUAAAAAUCUUCAUACUUCUACCAUUUUAACGGAAUUCGCUCGAGAUUUCGAAGAAGAGCCGUUGAAUGUAUUUGAUAAAUUUGUAAAUAGACUUACGACUGGCAUAUAUAACAGUGGUUCAAGUAAACAUGCAUUGAAAGCUGAUACACAGGACACGUCAAAUGAUUACACCCAUAAUGAUCUUGAAGAUCAAAGUCAAAUAACACCCGGAGGCCUAGAGAAUGACCGAGAAAGUUUGUCAUCUCCAUCACAAGCAUUAGACACCGAAACCUAUAAACAUUUAUCAAUUAACAUAUUAAGACGUUUAAGUAAUAUUGUUUCGCAGCGUCGUAGGAACUAUCAAAAUUAUAAACACACAGAGUUACAGAAGCUUUGGAUGCCUGACUCAACAUCAAUUGAAUGCUACGAAUGUUCAGCAAAAUUUUCUUUUUUCUGUAGGAAACAUCAUUGUCGCUUGUGUGGGCAAAUUUUUUGUAUUAAAUGCUGUAAUCAAGUUGUUCCUGGGAAAAUAAUCAACUGUACUGGCGAUUUAAAAGUAUGUACAUACUGCUCCAACGUGGUUUUGUCAUACCUUAAAUCUUCAAACAUCGCCGCUGACUUGAAAUGUGAUCUUAUAGCUUUGCAAGAGGAUCUAUCAAAUAAAUUAUCAGUUAGCAAUGGACCAGCACAACAUGAAGCAAACUAUUUUUUAUCUAAUGUACAACAACGGAAGGUAUCCGUUGGGUAUCAAGAGGAACGGUUCGUUUGUACUCAAAGUUUAUCAUUGUCCACCGCGGAUAGGAAAACGAUUCUCCAACAAUCUCAUUCUUUGCGAGCGUUGUUUGAGGAAAUGCUGAAGAUAUUGCCAUCUCAGAACAGUGGAGUUGAUUUGAUAGCAUUUCUAGUUAAUACACAAAAAUCAUCCAACAAUAGGCAAGCUUGGGCUAUUCUGAACGCGAUGGUUGAAGCAGGAUUUCUGAUAGCCCUACCUAUGAAUACAAUGCAGUUAAGCUAUGUUGAUUCCGAAACUAAUGAAAAUAAUGCAUUAGCGGGAUUCGAUGAGCAAUUGUUUUAUGCAUUUGCUCAAUCAGAUACCAUAUCCAACAACUAUUUAAACGAGUCGAUUGUCAACUAUCAAUCGAACACUGUUGAGAUAGUGCAAUCCUAUGAUGCUAAGGCUCAUUUUAAUACAGAAGUUGUAACCCCAAGUGUAUUGGAUAUUUGCAUGCCGUUUUCUAUACAUCGUGAAAUUGAAAUGAAAAACUCUUGGCUAUGUUCAUCAGGGGCAAAGGCUCUAUUGGAAUCGUUCUGUGAUCAUGAAGAAGUUUUACUUAAUCAACUUCUUCAAAGCGAGAAUCUGGAUCCGUCUUGGAUAAAAACAUUGAUUCCAAUUGCUGCAGGAGCAGCGAAUACGGUUCGGCCACAAUCUUGUGGAUUAGUCGAUGCAAUAGAUAUUCGCAAUUACGUUUUCUUCAAAAAAGUACCGGGUGGUAAGCGCCACGAGAGUCAGAUAGUGGGUGGUGUCGUUUUUUCCAAAAAUGUUGUACAUAGACAAAUGUUGUCUCGUGUAGAUAAGCCCAAGAUUUUGUUGCUGCAAUGUGCAAUAGCUUAUCAACGAAUAGAAGGAAAGUUUGUCAGUUUCGACUCUUUGAUGCUACAGGAAAGAGAAUAUCUCAAGAAUAAGGUUGUUAAAAUCUUGAGCUUUGGGCCUAACAUACUCCUGGUACAUAGAAACGUAGCGGGUAUUGCUCAAGAUAUGCUACGUAAUAAUGGAGUUACAGUUGUCUUCGAUGUUAAACUUUGCGUAAUGGAGAGAAUUGCUCGUAGCUUGGAAUGCGACAUAAUGACUUCAAUUGAUUCUAACGUAGGUCCACCUAAAUUAGGUACUUGUGAUAGUUUCUACAUACGAACAUUCUACGACGAACAAGGUUUCUCGAAAACGUUAAUGUACUUGGAGAAAAUAAACAAUCCUCGGGGAUGUUGCGUGUUGUUGCGAGGAGGUUCGCGAGACGAACUAAUAAAAAUUAAAAAAGUAAUAUCACUGUUGCUAUUUGCCCGAUAUAACUGGCGGUUGGAAUUAUCAUACUUGUGUGACGUGUAUGCUCGCCCUCCAUCCCCUCGAUCUAGCAUUUUUGAAUCUAAGGAAACAAGCCCCUCCGAAGAAUUCAAGAAAAACGAUGAAAACAAAAUGAGCAUACUAUACAGUACAACUGAAAAGAAACCAGAAGAUGCAACGAAAAAAAUAAGUGUCAACAUCGAAAAUGUUAGGGAUUUUACCGAUCCACUGCGAGCACUUGAUCUUUCGCCCAGUAUUUAUGAUUCGGGAGGAUCGUUCCAGUUGGCAGUAGAGACUGCUUUCGAUAAUCGCUUUAAAACGGCUCUUUUUAAUACUGUAUUGUCGAUAAGUCCGUUUAUGUCAUUUCCAUUGCCCUAUCUAGAAACUGAAAAUGGCAGGAAGUGUGCUUUACGCAGUCGGUUUCCAGUAGAACUUUUUCAUUCCAAACAAUGGAGUGAACGGAUAUACGACAAACAAGUAUUCACAAAUUCAAGCUUGGUAAGAUCGAAAAACGCCAAUGAAUUGCUGAUGCCGCACGAGUUUACCAUUUACAAAAUUACUUCAUCAAUAGACAGCAAGGAUGUUCAAGCAAUGUUAGCAAAUUAUAGAUCUUAUGGUGGACGAUAUGCUAAACAAGCUAUCAUGCAAUGUGAUGCAAAACAAAGAUGUCGAAGAGUUACAUGUAAUCAAAAGUCGAUUGAAGAAAAUAUAUAUAUAGAUGCACUAGAACUUGGAAAUCAUCAGCGCCUUCCAGUUUUAUUCUGUAGUUUCUAUUAUAAUCCUAAUGCGCCUUCGUCAUUUUGCGCACAACCAUCAUUCCUGAAUAUGCAGUUCUACGGUCAUAAUGAUAUAAUGCUUGGUGAAUUCUUGGAACGCUACUGUUUUCGUAGCUCCUAUAUUUGUAAAUCAUGUAAUGUACCAAUGAUGGAUCACAUUCGACGAUACGUUCACUCACAAGGAUGCGUUCAUGUAAAACUUAGUGAAGAUGUUAAUAAAGUUGAUACUGGAACAAUAUUAAUUACUUUGAAAUGUACUCUUUGUAAUAAUGUUACGAAUCCUGUACCCAUGUCGACUGAUACAUGGUGUUAUUCCUUUGCGAAAUAUCUAGAGCAACGUUUCCAUGGCCAUUCAUACAGACGAAGAGAUAUUCAUGACCAAAUAAAAUGUAAGCAUUCUUUGCAUCGAGAUUAUGUACACAACUUCUCUUACAUGGGAAUUGUAGCGAGUUUCCAAUACAAAUCUGUGGACAUUUGGGAAAUCAAUCUACCAACAAUGAUAGUCAAACUGAAUGCUCCAAAGCUUUGUGAUAUUAAUAAAAUUGUAGAAGAGCUAAAAAUAUUUGCGAUUAAAGGCUAUGAAAUAUAUGCGAAAAUAUUUGAUAAACUAGCGGAUCUCUCAGUUGAUUCUGAUACAUUUUCGAAACUCAAGAAAAAGGCCAACCAAGAUCAAAUGAAUUUCAAACAGCGUGUUGAAUCAGUGCAAACUUUAAUAACAGAGACGAGCAUAUCAACAGAAACUGUUGAUGAUGCGAUGUUAUUGCUGAAAAAAACGUUGGCUGAAGCAGUAGAUGAUUGGGAACCAAUAAUACACGAAAUAAUGCAACAACACAAAUCUAAUCCUGCAAAAGUAGAUGUAUCCAUUGACAAUGGUACUAUAGUAACAGAAGACUUGGAUCUGUCCAAAGAAAACGAAACUUCUAUCAAAUCAAGUUGUGGGACAAAUAUCCCCAAUCAUUUAGAUACCGAAAUAUCUUUCUCUGAAUUUGUGACUGAAAGUAAUAGAAUGGACGUUAAUUCCGUUAAGGAAUACGAUAAAAAAGGUGUAAAAAAUUUGUUUAGCCAACUGUUGUCUGCGACAGAAAACCCUCACAUAUUCAAUUCACCCUUACCAACUAACGAACAUCACAAUCUCAGUUCCGGUAUAUUUCCUGUUAUGGUAGACGAUCAGGACAUGGCAUCGUGUAUUGCAUACAGUUUAGUAUCACCUGAAUACAAAAAAGCUUUAGAUAACCAGUAUUCUGGAAAUAUAACCGAACAUAGUCCAUAUACUAAGCGAAAAUCGUUAGAUGUUGGACUAACAUCAGAUUUAGAUGAUAAUGGACAGUUUAAAAAGGAUAACACCGAUACCAAGAAGAGUAAAAGUACUUCUCAUAUAGAAGUUAUUUUUCAGGAUUCAGCUACAUAUUUCACAUGUAAAGUAUAUUUUGCAGAAGAAUUUGACAACUUGCGUAGCAAUCUUUUGAAAACACCAGACAUCAGUGUUGAAAAGGACUACCACAAAACGAAAUUGACUAAACUAAUGAAAGACUCAAACAGUGGACACGAUGAAAAAUCGGUUGAACGAAUGUUUGCUCGAUCACUAUGUAGAAGCACUUUGUGGGAAGCACAAGGUGGAAAAAGCGGAUCUAAGUUUAGUAAAACGAUUGACGAUCAAUUUAUCUUGAAAGAAAUGUCAAAAACAGAUGUUUCCAUCUUUGAAAGUUUUGCUCCAAAUUAUUUCGAAUAUCUGCACCAAUGCCUUGCAACGGAUCAACCAACAUUGCUUGUAAAAAUUUUCGGAGUAUUUAAGGUGACCGUUAGAAGAAGAGAGAAUGCAUCUAUAGAGAGAACCGUUUUGGUCAUGGAGAAUCUCUUUCGUAACAGGGAGAUUAGUGACAAAUACGACCUUAAAGGAUCAUUGCGUAAUCGGAUGGUUAAUCCUAAUCGUCAAUCAGGAGAAAUCGUUUUGAUGGAUGAAAAUCUUAUGCAGAUGUCAUGGACAAAUCCAUUGUAUAUUCUUACCCACAGCCGUUCAGUUCUUAAAGAAGCCAUUGAUCGAGAUGCUUCUUUUCUAGAAAAGAAUGCGGUGAUGGAUUACUCGUUGUUGGUAGGUUUAGACAAUAAGGAGCGGUUACUAAUAGUUGGAAUAAUAGACUAUAUACGUACUUUUACGUUGGAUAAGAGAGUUGAAUCUAUUAUAAAACAAUCUGGUAUUAUGGGAGGACAUGGAAAGCUGCCAACUGUAGUAUCUCCAAAAAUGUACAAAAAUCGUUUCAGCGAGGCAAUGGAGCGAUAUUUCCUAGCCGUACCAGAUAGAUGGGAAGAAUUAGCGAAGCCUAGUGUACAUACUAAGAGUUGAUAACAGAAAACACGUUGAAACACUUUUAUUUUACACAUUUUCCAAUUUAUCAAUCGGCUGCCUUUCAGUUACAGUUCUAGUACUGUUUCACUGCGAAAAAUGCUGUUCAAUAAGCUUUUAUGUUUAUUUAUUUAUAGUCGUCAAGAAUAAAAAUAUAUUACUUCUGA